AUGCAUUCACUCGCCUCCAUUACUUCCUUGCUACUUCAAGGCUUAUUAGUUGCCGCUCAAACCACCAUCACUUCGACGGGCAACCCAAUCCUUGCCGAUGGAUCAUAUUAUUCUGCAGAUCCAGCUCCGCUGGUGGUGAACAACACUGUUUACAUCCUGAGCGGCAGAGACACUGCGCCCGCCAACCAAAACGCGUUUGUCAUGAACGAGUGGCAGAUGUUCAGCAGUAGUGAUCCGCGUCCCUCCGGUGCUCAAUGGCAGUUCCGUAUCAACAUUGCUCGCCCAGAGUCAAUCUUCUCCUGGGCCACUUCAGGAAGCGCCUUUGCCGCACAGGUCGUCCAAGGGCGGAACGGGAGGUUCUAUCUUUACGCACCCGUCAACCAACGGUCGACUUCUAGCCCUGAUCGAUUCGCUAUCGGCGUGGCUGUGUCGAGCAAUCCUUGGGGCCCCUUCACUGAUGCUCAUCCAAGUGGCCCUAUCAUCUCGCAGACAGUCCCUCAGGCAAACAACAUCCAGAACAUUGACCCGUCAGUUCUUGUUGACGAUAACGGCCGCGUCUACCUUUACUGGGGCACUUUCGGUCAGCUGCGGGGCAUCGAACUGGCAACAGACAUGGUUACGACCAUCGGAUCGGCCAUUUCCGUCAACAGUCUGACCGGGUUCUUCGAAGGCCCCUGGCUGAUGAAGAGGCAGAGCACUUACUACAUGCUCUACGCAGCUAACAAUGCUGGUUCGAAUUCGCCCUGUACGCCGACCUCAUACCAUGCCUGCAUCGCCUACGGAACAGCCUCAUCCCCUCUAGGACCGUGGACUUUCAGAGGUGUGGUGCUGGACAUUGUCUCAUCUACCACGUCGCAUCCUGGCGUUUUCCAAUUGAACGGCCAAUGGUAUCUAGUAUACCACACCAGAGACGCAAAUGGCGGUGGUCACUUCCGUCGCAGCAUCGCGAUCGACUAUCUGAAUUGGGACGACGGCCAGUCGCCGGCUCGCAUCAACAAGGUCGUCCAGACGCGUCGCCAGCAGCCCGCUGCCCCCGCAACCCGCAACAUCGCCCCUCGUGCCGUGGCGAGUUCCGUGAAUCAAACUCCCAUCCAGUACUGGACCAAAUCGCUCAACGACGGUUGGAUCCCGGGCAAUCCGCUCCCGCCGGACUACUGGUCUUCGUACAAUGGCAACGCGUCGCCGCAGACCAACACGCUUGUUCUGACCUGGAGUUCUGCCGUGACUCUUAACGGUGCUAGGAUGGUGUUUUUCGCGGAUCAGCCUGCUGGGUCAAACAUCGGCGUGCCGCCGCCGGCCAACUGGCGACUCGAGUACUUGAACAGCAAUAAUGCUUGGGUGUCGGUUAGUGCAAGCACCGGAUAUCCUACUGCGGUCACGGACAACCCUUCCACCGUCAACUUUGCCCAGAUUAGCACUAGAUCACUCCGUGCAAUUCUUACAGCGUCUGGUGGCAAUGGCCAAUUCGGAGGCGUGGGUGUGAAGGAGUUUGAGGCUCUUGCCCCGAAUCCUCAGUGA